AUGAAGGGUGAACUAAUACUUAUUAUUUACAUCCUCUUAAUGUAGAUUACCAAUUAGGUAUGCACGAAGGAACAACAAUUAAUUUAGGGAUAAAAAUACAUAUUAUUAAAGAGAAAUCACAAGAAUGCGCUAUAAUAAUAAGCCGGGGCAUUGAUUUCAACUGCAAGAAAUAAUUUUCUUUAAGCUGGAAAUCUUGGUUCAUGCUUAAAGGAUGAUCCUUAUUCUCUUUCGUUAGAUUGA